AUGGUAUUUGCGGGCAUGGAAUUUGACCAGGAGAGCGGGCCACCCACGGCCCACUUGCAGCCAUCCCUUCACGCCGGGAGACUACCUGAAGUUAGUCCUCUCGAUACUAGUCCUGUCUUUCAGCGCCUUUGCGAGGCAUGUCGCCGUGGAGAUUUGCGCGAGUGUCACGAAGCCAUCAGCUCCGGUGCCAAUAUUAACGGUCGCGAUGCCUUCGACUACACUCCAUUGGUUUGCGCUAGUCUCUGCGGCCACUAUGAAGUGGUCCAACUGCUGCUAGAAUCAGGCGCUGUUUGCGAGCGCGCAACAUUUGAGGGAGAACGGUGCUUGCACAAUGCUUUGAACGACCGGAUUCGAACCCUCCUCUUACAAUACGACUAUGCCAAGAGCAGUGACCAACUUCUGCCUUUUGCUUCUCAUAUAGCUACCUUGUUAAGCUGUCAAUCAUCUAAGCUUUCUGACAUUCGCCUGCUCACCGACUCUGAUGAAUGGAAACUACACAAAUUUAUCCUUGCUACACGCUCUUCCUACUUUUCCCGCAAGCUAACCAUAGCUCCAGCAACCUGCGAGUGGAAACCUAUACGAUCUUUACCAUCUGAAGCCUUUCGCAUUGUGCUGCGCUAUAUUUACUUGAGUGACAUUCGUGCGGAACUUGGAGCUAUAGAUGUAGGAAUCGACAGAGGUGAAGCUGUGUUGAAAGCCAUCGAAAAAAUUAGUAGGCAAUUGGAAAUUCCAUCGCUGUGGGAAGGAAUCUUGGCAAGUAAUGACCGGCGUCUUGCCCGUCAGAUAUAUCAAGAGCAAGUUGCGUUAGGGAGAGAGCAGUUUGAGACAUGGUAUAGGGGAAAUGUGUUGGAGUAUCAAUUUAGUGUGCACCUUGGCAUGACUGAGGAUAUCAAAUGGACUAGAGAUAAUUGUGUAUUUGCAGACGUCUUACUUCAAGCUGAUGAGACUGAAAUACAAACAUAUCAAAAGAGGCCACACCAUAAUGAGUAUGCACCAGAUGUCAAUCAUAGAAGUACCAACGGCCUUAAUAACUUGAAUCAAUCGGCCCUAUCAGGAGUUAAGAACCAGCCAAGAUCUAUCCUCUUUCCCACGCACCGCGCAAUCCUUUCAAGGUCUGAAUAUUUCAGCGUGAUGUUUGCCUCAUCGUUUAGCGAGGCACGAGAGUCAGGAAAGCUUCCAGUCAUCAAAGUCGACACAUCCCCAGAGACUCUCAGACUCAUACUAGACUACUUAUAUACCGAAAAAGUAGAUAUACCUAUUGAAAUAGCCUUAGAUUUACUGUUUGCUGCUGAUAUGCUCUUUAUCGAAGGCUUGAAGAACAAAGCAGCACUAGUCAUCAGCACCGUGGGUAUGGCCAAAAAUUUAAAUCCUAGCCGGAUGAAUAAGUCAACCAUGAGCUCAGAAAUUGAAGUGAUCAAUAUUUACGAUGUAAUUCAUGCUGCAUGGUUGCUCAAUGUUCAACGUCUCGAAGCCUUCUCCGCAAGGUACUUUGCGUAUAAUCUCGAAGAUUACAUAGAUGAGCAAGAGUUUGAAUCUCUGAUUAAGGAAAGCGCUUUUCGUAUUGAAAAUCGCCAGGAGACAGAUAGUAUUGAGUUGCUUGACGAUAUUCGGUAUUAUCUUUCGGAAAGAUUUCGUCUACGAUUUGAAGAGCUGGGACUAGACGAGAUUAUGAAUGAGAGUUGGACGGAAGCUGCUCUACCCAAUGCAGGCGUAGAAGAGGGAGAAGCUAAUUGUGAAAAUCUCCCAGCAGAGCGAGAUGAUUCAGGUAAUUCUACAUCUAUUGCACCACAGGACUCUUUGAGAGACGCCAAAUUUAGAAUGACAUAUGGAGAUAAGGCCGACGAUGGAUUCAGUACCGAUGCCACAAGUUAUCAGGUUCUGAUUGGAAAGAUUGAGGCGCUUCUGGAUCGAUUAAAAUUAGGUGCAUAG